CUUUAUUCCUACUUCAAAUAGAGAAGAGGCUUCAUGUAAAAAUUUUGUGUGCUUCCUGGUGUAAAAAAUCUUUAAAUCAUAUAAAAAAAAAAAAUGUGCGCUAUUUGUGCACUUUUCGCGCCUUCGCUCGACACGCAGCGAUUGGAAAAAUUCAUGGACUGUUUUUGGAAACUAAAGCACAGAGGACCGCACGCGUUCCGGGUUGAGCAACUGGGCAAAACUGGAGUUUUGGGUCACCACCGGCUUGAGGUUGGGACUCACUUGAACGAGGAAAUCAUGCAGCCACUGCACUACAAAAAUAAAUACCGUCUCAUUUGCAAUGGUGACAUUUACAACUGGAAAGAUCUUGAGGUUUACAACCCGCAAACAAUCAAGUGCGACGCCCAAGUGAUUUUUCCUCUGUACGAAAAAUAUCAGGACAACCUGGUCGAGUUCGCCGCGUCUUUGGACGGCGUUUUUGCAUUUUGCCUCGUCGAUUUGGAACGGAAGAGGAUUGUGUUGUGCAGAGACGUGAAAGGCGUGAGACCUUUGCACACCCUGACAGGCCCUUUCGGCUUUCUGGCGGUCAGCUCUGAAGCACAAGCACUGCAACCUUUGCAGGUCAAGGGAGAAAAUUUGAAACUGCACGAAUUCAUACCGGGGUCUGUUGAGGAGUUUGCCCUGCAGAGUGCAGAGUAAUGGAGGUGCUAUUCAUGUCAACAGUCAAUACUACGAUAGCCGAGUUUCUCAGAUUUUUAGUGAAAAAAUGACCAAAGAUGUCACUUCUUUGGAUAUUCUCAUUGAGAUGAGGAAUGCAGUUGGAAAAAUGACUAAGUUAGAAGCAAAGAAAAUGGCUUGUCUUGUAAAUGAAACAGCUUCGUCCUGGUUGUUGGCUGCUAUUUUGUCACAAAUACACAACGGCGCAUUAAAGGUCUAUUACUUUGGGGAUGACAUUCAUUAUUCCCACGCUACUCAAAAUUAUUCAAAAAUCUUAUGCACCGAAAAUUGGGAAGUUUUAGAUGUAGAAAGUCUUCUAGCCAAAAACAAGGCAUUGUUGCUGAGUCAAAUGAGAGAAAUGAUGCUUCAAACUCAUGCAUCUGAAUAUACAAAAAUGCUUGAGGUCACAAAGUAUAUUUCUGAAGCAAAUCCAGAUGUGGCUAUUUUAAUUUACGGCUGCCACGAUUCCACACGAUUGGAAAUACAGGAACUGGAUUACACAUCUUCAGCAUAUGGAUUGGAAGUUCGGCUGCCUUUUAUGGACGUGCGCAUUUUUCAAAUGAUCAAGCGGAAAACUGAACCAAAAUAUGGAAAUACUAUGUCUACAGAGGAAUUAUUUACGGAGCUGCUUGAGAAUUUUGAGGCAAAGCAUGACGAUUCUGAUUGUGGUGCUCUUCCAGCAGCCAACACACUACAUGAUCAAUCGGCCUACACAACAGAUUAAUAAGUUAUAAUUUAUAAUAAUCAAUAAAGCUUUGAAUUUAAAAUAAAAAUCUAA